AUUGCUUGUAGCGGAAGCAUUGAAAGAAUUUCGUUGUGUGUUUGUCGUUUUAUUGAAGUAUAUUUUAAAAACGCUAAAAUAUCAUCAAAAGCUCACAUCAUGUUUGGCUGGUGACACUACAUUUCGGGCAAUAUUUUUUCCAGUGGCGUCGCCAGCAUCGAUAAGUGGGGUGAACACAUUCAUAUAUUCAUGUUUACAGACCGUUAAAACAAUCAAUUUGAAACGAAAUUAAUAAUGUAAAACAAGUCUAGGAUAGAAAAGCAGGACCGGGUGUAUUUAGAAUUGCAGUUGGGGUUUUGUAGGUGUUUAUAGACGUGUGAGUUUUUGUCAGUGGAGGUGUGUUCUUUGAUCCUUGUGGCGAGAUGUCUGGUCGUUUCACCAAUAUAACAGGAAUUACAUCCUGGCAAGUAUAUUUGUAUACCACAAGGGAUUUUAGAUCACUGGGGAUUGCGUCCUUAAAUUUGAAAAUGAUUUUUGAUUUUAUAAGAAGUGAACACCAGUUUUAGGUUUAUGUCACUGCAGAAUCGUUUGGCAAUGUUGAGAAGUUUCUGUUCUGUGAUUUGAGAGUAGUGUCCUAUGUAUGGGAGUUUGAGGUAAUGAACGUUGGGUUGUUGUUGAUCAUGCAAAUUGCUGUUCAGAGUAUUUGUAGUUUGUGAGUUUUGUCUGUUAUUGUAAGAGCUAAUUGUGCGUUCGAUCAGAUGUUGCGGGUGUAGCAGUCUCAAUACUCCCCCGGUCUCAACAUUCCUCUAUUACAAUGCGCAUGCGCACGGCAGAGGUGUUGCGUAACAGACAUUCCUCGCGGUCUGAGAUCUCCCCUUCUACUUCGCUGCUCGUCUGCGCUACAACUUCUAUCGAAAGUCGUUUGAAACACUUGCAAUUUUGCGUUUAAUGUUAAAAAAUGGCGCCACAUGAGGAACCUAGAAGUGUUGAACCUCAAAAGUUGACUAGAAAAGAUCGUCUCGCUGAGCAAAGCGAGAAAUGUGAGCGCAUUGUGCACUACCUGCGCCAUGGAAAGCAUCAAGCUGGUUUGUCGAAGAACCAGCAGCGUGUUGUUCGUGGUCAAGCUAAGAACUAUGUUCUGGAUGAGACAAAUAAUGAGCUACAUUACACUGGUGGGAAAGUUGGGAUCCGAAAGAAGGUUGUCCUUAGCUUGGAAGAAAUUUCGGAAAUAUUGCAUCAUCACCAUAGCAAUGCUAUGGGAGGACAUAGUGGUGUCAAUGCUACAUUGAACAAAAUUUCAAAUUUUUAUUGUUGGAAUGGAAUGAAAGAGGAUGUCCAAGAAUAUAUGACUGUUGUUAAUGACAGUUCUUCUGCACCUGAUCAAGAUGAAGACCAGCUGGACAAGCAAGUAUGUGAAAGGAUUGCUUCAUCAGAAGCCACAAAAAAGCAAGUUCUUAGCAAUGUAGAAGUUGCUCAGGAAAAACAAAAAAAGCAAUAUGAAAAAAGGAAGGCAAAGGGGAGAGAAAGAUUUUUUAACGUUUUCAAAGUACUUCUUUUUUAUGCCCCUUGAUUAGUUGGAGACACCGUCUUUAAAAAGCAAAUGAAGAACGUGUCAAGAAAAGGUGGAAAGAUGGAACCUACUUGGAUGGGUCCAUACAGGGUAACAGAAAUUGAUCAAUUUCAAAGAGCAACGCUAAGUUCCUUGAAAGAUGGUGCUGUGCCUUUAAAAAAGAAAGUACCGUAUGACCAACUACGACCUUACAUGACCAGUGAACUUCAUGACAUAAACACAGAUGACACCAUUCCACCAGCUGAUGACACCAUACCACUGACUGAUGACCCCACACCACCAGCCGAUAACACCACAUCACUGACUGAUGGCCCCACAUCACCAACCGAUAACACCACACCAUUGACUGAUGGCCCCACAUCACCAGCCGAUAACACCACACCACAGACUGAUGGCCCCACACCACCAGCCGAUAACACCACACCACAGACUGAUGGCCCCACACCACCAACCGAUAACACCACACCACUGACUGAUGGCCCCACACCACCAACCGAUAACACCACACCAUUGACUGAUGACACCACUCCACCAACUGGUAACCCCAUGCCACCAAAAGAGGACAACAUGCCGCUGACCAACAAAGUGUCAAAUGGUAAAAGCACCAAAUCAAAAAAAGUUCGCAACACCAAAUCUAAAAAAGGUCGAAAUUGCGACGUUUUGCAAUGUGCUGCAAAUGCUAAUCCUAGAAAGCUGGCUUUAGCAAUAAUGCAGCAAAAUUACUGGCUGACUGAUGAACAUAUCGACCACAUACAAUGGUUAAUAUCCAGGCAGUUCCCAGCAGUAACAGGACUUCACUCAGUAUUGGCAUUUGAAAGCAAAUCCCCUAAAGUUGAGAAAGGACUGAAAGGAUUUAUUCAGAUUUUUAAUUCAGGAGGAACACAUUGGGUGACCGUCACCAACAUUGGGUGUGAAGAGAACAAAAUUAAAGUUUACGACUCACUUUAUCGAGAAAUGUCAGCAAAUGACAAAAUGAAAUUGGCAGCCCUGCUCAGCACUACCUUCCCUGAAAUGGUCA